GUGACGAAGACCCGUGAGCGAACACGUCACUGCACCGGUAGAGGCAGCUCUACAGUUGCCCUGAAUUGAUAGAGCAAAUCGACUAUUACUUCGUUAUUUAUCAGGCUUUUUUCACCAUAAUAUGUCCACAAUGAAUCCCGAAUAUGACUACCUUUUUAAACUAUUACUUAUCGGAGACUCGGGGGUAGGAAAAAGCUGUUUAUUACUACGAUUUGCGGACGAUACGUAUACGGAAAGUUAUAUCAGUACUAUUGGGGUCGACUUUAAAAUAAGGACCAUAGAGUUGGAUGGUAAAACGAUAAAAUUACAAAUUUGGGACACCGCAGGCCAGGAACGUUUUAGAACAAUAACGUCAAGUUACUAUCGAGGAGCACAUGGAAUUAUUAUUGUGUAUGAUGUUACAGAUCAGGAAUCUUUUAACAAUGUGAAACAGUGGCUGCAAGAAAUAGACCGUUACGCGUGCGAGAAUGUUAACAAACUACUCGUAGGGAAUAAGUGCGAUCUAACUACGAAGAAAGUUGUUGACUUCACAACAGCAAAGGAAUUCGCCGACCAGUUAGCCGUACCCUUCCUCGAGACGAGCGCGAAAAACGCGACGAAUGUCGAGCAAGCUUUCAUGACGAUGGCUGCUGAGAUAAAGAACAGGAUGGGCCCGCCCGCGGCGUCCGUGACAGGCCAGAACAGUAACGUGAAAAUAACCAGUACCCCGGUGAAACAGGGCGGCGGUGGGUGUUGCUAACUGAGAUACACAUCAUUGAUUUAGAGACUACAAUAAUAUGACGAAUAACCCUUAAUUGAACGCUGAAGAAACGCAUAGUUAUAUACCGUUCCAUCGUCGUCCUCAUCACGUGAUUUACGGGAUUACUACAUAUUGCCAUGGAUUGCAAAAUUAAAGGGGAACUCGUUACAACAGUACGCAUGCGUCGAGAUUACAUCGAAAUUUGAAACUUUAAUUUGUUUGUAGGAUACCUCUUUGUAAUAGUUCGUUUGUUUGAUAUUAUAUUAUAGCAAUGGUAUGUAUAUGAUGUAGUCACGCGCUCGUUUCGUGUUUCCCCUUGUUAAUGUCUGGGGUGGAAAAAAUAAUUACAUGACGUAUACCAUCCGAACGACCGCACGUCUAAAUGCUAGAUGGCGGCAUGUCGAUCAACAAUUUUAUUUCACAAUGUUUGUUGUGUGACGUAUGUCUUAUGCUGAAUGGCUUUCCUGUUGACGAGUUACGUUCUCCGAAUGUUGUCCUAUUUUUGUCGAUUUAAACGGAAAGAUAGACGUUCUUUCGACUUCGUUAUUCAUGUGGUCUUAUACAAAAAGGAGAUUACUUAUUUAUCGUACUCUUUACUUUAGAUAACUAACUUAUAAGUUCGUCCUGUGAUAGCCUUCAGAUUCGCUUUUGUUUUUGAUCGGCAUGCUGCAAUCUUUUUGUUUCAGCGAAUUCGUGAGGUUCGCCAUUUUUUUUUCGAUCAGAGAAUGUCUGAAUAACCUUAUUAUUAAAAAACUUCAAAUUAUAACAUAUGAUUUGUCACUUUUGAAAUUAAAAUAGGGAAAAGCUUUUGUUGUAGUAAUUAAUUUGAGAUCGCAGCAUUUCGACUUCGCAUAUUAUUGUUAGUUUCAAAUUAUAGCCAUAUCACAUGUUAAUGACUCUUGAAAGUUUUGCAUGAAGUGCUGUCAAUUUUAGGCCAUUAAUUAAAUCCCGUAAAUUAAUAAACCUCUGCGCAUUCCAGCUAGCCUGUGCACUGACCUAUAUAUCUUUCCAGAUAUGCGUAUGAUUCCAGUCACUCGAUUUUGACGAUCAAAUUUUUUAAAACUCUUUAAAUCCUGCAUUAUGAUUAGCUAGAUGCGCCAUUGAUCUAUAUAUAGUCCCGUAAAGUACGAAAAAGAAUAGCCGUUGUAUCUCUCACAUUACUCACUGUAAUCACAUUUCUUCCACCUCUGACAGUAGCGCUUUAUUUUGUAUAUUGAAACUUGUAUUAGUCAUUUUCCAGCAAAUUUAUAUGUAAUAUAGCAAGGCAAGCAUGCGCUAGUGUUUAGAUAAACACAAAGUCGUUGAUUCUGAGAUGGCCUUCGGUUCAGUGUUCGGUUCUCUAUGAGCGCAUAUUAGACAAAUGUAGUUUUCUUAUUUUAUUCAUUUGAGAUUAGUUUAUGAUUAAAGCGAAUUCGAAAUGAAA